AUGGAGAAAGAAGUGCGGAUGGAUAAUAAGGAUAUGAAGACAAGUAUCACAAGUAUCGUCGCGAGAAUGUCGGUUAGGAAACCGACCCCACUUGAAUUUAUUAUAAGAGCAAUCUUCAAUAGAUUUGCUACGAAGCAUACAACAUCCAAGUUGGAUGAGAUGUUGAAUGGGAGUGAGGUAGAAAUCCAUCCUAAUUUAAGUCUGCUACAAGAGUGUGUUAUGUCAAAAAUUAUAGAUCCUUUGCAUAGGCUUUUGUCCUCUAAAAAGGAUGAUGAUAUUUUAGGUGGGCGGUUAGAAGGUGACCCUUCCUCUAAGUAG